GCCAUUACUCCCGCUCUCCCACCCCAACAACAACAAAUGCUACGACCACUCUACUCUUUACGCGCCAUGAAAACUCGAGGAGGAGGAAGCUAAGUGAAUGCGAAGCCAUUUCGAAACAAUGUCGGAGCUAGGUAUUCAGGAUCCGAGACACGGCUUCGGAGCCAGAGAUAUCAGCCCGGAUUCCGUCAUCUUCGCCGCCGAUUCCAACUUCAGUCUCUACUCCUCCGCUUCCGGCAGUGUGGAUCGUUGCUCUUUCGCAUCCGACGCACACGACCACGAAGCCUCCUUCCGCGCUGCCUCUCGAACUACUCAUUUAGCCGAACAUGGAUUUCACGGUUCUUCAGGUGGUCCGGCUUUAGAUCCAAUCAAACAUAUUGUACACAGGAAUAGUCACCUUAGCAGAAAGGAAAAGUCGAAAGCCACUAACAGCAUUGCUGCGACAGAGGAUGAAGGUUUAGCUGUAGAUUUGGCGGCAACCUCCUUCUCUCAAGCACUUAAAGAAUGUCAAGAUAGGCGGUUGAGAUCUGAAUUGAAGGCAUUAGAUAGGCAAAGACAUGCUUCACUAGAUAUGAAACAUGCUGCAAACUCAUCAUCGCCUCGGUAUGGACUCAUGAAGAAACCAUCUGUUACUACUCAGCAAACUAGUGCAUUUUCGAGUCCUGAAAUUCCGAAUUACUGCCAUUCCAGUGUGGGGGCUCAGAAAGACAGGAGUUCAGUGCAAGUGCCAUUGCAUACAAGCGCUAACAGGAGACAGGUGAAUACAACAUUUCUGCCUUAUAAUAAUGGAAGGGCCUUACCUUUCAAGUGGGUUGAUGCUGAGAGGUGGAUCUUUAGUCCAGUAUCGAGGGAUGGUGCUAUUACGACUUCAUUGCAGCAGCCACAAAUGCGGCCUAAAUCCAAGAGUGGACCUCUUGGGCCUCCUGGGUCUGCUUUAUAUUCUCCAAUAGUGCCUGUGUCUAAAGGAGGAAAUGAUUUUGAUUUACAAGCUAGUUCUCCUUUUUCAACUCGAGUGAUGUCUGCAGAUGGUUUAUCGGUUCAAUAUGGGGGCCAUGAAAUUCGUGGAAAGUUAGCUGCAUGCUGUGACCUGUGCAUGACAAAGUCAAUUAGUGUCCACGGAUCUUCUCAAAAUUUUUGCUUAUCCUCAUUUCCUGCUCCCCGAGGUGAGAGUGACUGUGCUAAAGGUGCGGAUGCCAAUAUUCCUCAUGUUGUUUCAAGGAAGGAUAUGACAACUCAAAUUAGACCCGAGGCUAGUCCCCAAUCAUCUCCAAUGAGAUGCUCAUCAUCCCCUACUGAACGACCAUCUAUCCAACCAAUUAUGGGAGUGCAGAGUGUCCUUUCCUCAAAAGCAGAUAUCAGGAAUGUUCUAGUUGAUGAGCAGGUCACUCUAACAAGGUGGAGAAAGAAACAUAAGGUUCGGAUUCCAUGGGGGAGUUUGGACAUUGUUGAUUAUCGGAAAAGCAAACCUGUAGGAACGCUUUCUGGUGUCGGGGAAAUUUUAGAAACCGCACAUUCUUUAUCCAAAAUCAAGAAGGAAGAAUCCAGAAUAACUGCCUGGGAGAACUUGCAAAAGGCAAAAGCUGAGGCAGAGAUUCAAAAACUUGAGAUGAAACUGCAGAAGAAAAGAUCUUCAUCCAUGGAUAAGAUUAUGAACAAAUUAAGAUCUGCACAGAAAAAGGCACAAGAAAUGAGAAGCUCAGCAUUAGCAAGACAGAGUCAUGACGUCGUAAGAAUCUCCCACAGAGCCUUAUUCUUUCGCCAGACUCAUCAAAUGGGUUCAUUUAGUGGCUGCUUUACGUGCCAUGAAUUUUAAUUACACAUUCUGAGACUAUCCCUGGUUUUGUGUAGCCUCAGUUGGCAGAUCAAUCACGUUUAAGACCUUGCUGUUGAACUGUUUCUGGAAACUGAAGGGAUUCAGGUGGCGUUCCCAAUCGGGUGAGAUUAACAUAAUCUUCAGGGCCGUGAUCUGAUAUUCCUGGAAUCAAUAAUCCUGCCAUCC